UCGUCGUAUCGAAGCUAGAAUCAAUUUAACGCGCGACAUGGCUAAAAGUAAUAAUAUUAAUAAUAACGCAUUGAUGGAGCAGGUCCUAAAUGGAGCUAAAAUGAUGUUCCCCGAGUUAAAUGUGCGAGUCAGCGACAUAUCGCAUCCCACGGAAGCCUUUCUCACCCGGGUAUUUAUACAUUGUCUGCGCGCCUUCGGAUUCCGAGUCGAGCCGCCGUACAACAUUGAGAGUGAAAGCACCGACACAUCCAAGGAGAAGCGUGUGUUUCUCAGCAAGUUGUGCCGGCAAGUGCAGCACAUAUUACAGAUAUCGUUUCCCGGCAAGACCUAUACCUACUAUGAUAUUAUAGAACCAACUGCCAAGAAGACUUUGAACACACUGGAUGUGCUCAUCAACUACUGGUGUUUCUACAAGAUGCACAAAAAGGAGAUCAUUCCACCCAUAAUGGAGAAACAUAUGGAGCGACAGUCUCUAAUCGCUGAAAUAACGGCCAAGCGACGCGAGUUGGAGCAAAGAAAACAGCAGCAAAUCCAGGAUAAGAUAGAUAUUGCCAAGUGCGAGGCGAACAUAAGAAAGCUGCGCGAAGAAUUGCCCAAAGCAGAGGCGGAGCUAAACCAGCAGUCAAAGGAGUCGAGGCAACUGCAGUCAGAUUUGGCUACUGAGGAGGAAAAGGAGUCGGAGAUUCGCAGUCAAGUGAAGCACUUGAAGCAGCUCGUGGUGCUGGACAGCGAUGUGAAUAUAGUUCAAAUGGAGACGAAACAGCUAACAGCCCAUAUAGAGAGCUACAAAUCGGAAGUUGCUAAACAGGAGCAGAUUUAUAAGGAUCGGCGCCUUGAAAUCGAAAAUAUUUCACAACUAAACGAUGAAAUCGAGAAUGCCUUUAAUAUACUGCCACCAGAUGUGGUCAGCGAUUAUAAAGAAACCUUGAAGCUUAAGGAUCGCCUGGAGAAGAGGCAUGUCACUCUGAUUAACAAGCAUCAGAGUCUGCAGGACACUCAAGUAAAAAACCAAAACGUUCUCACACAGCAGGAGGAAAAGCUCAAAACUCUUAAAUUGCAAUGUGAACAGCAGGAUGUAAAAGAUCAAGAAAAAGUCGCAGAACAGAAAGCAUUGAAUGAGAAACUAACCGCGAAAGUUGAACAACUCGAGCAGAGCAAGAAAACACUCCAAAAUCAAUUAGAUGAGGCAAAGCAGACAUUCAAACAUUUGAAUAUCUAUGUAACUAAAUUAUCUGGUGAAGACGCAAAUUUAUCUUAAUAUAUCCAUUUGUUUAUUUC